AGCGCGAACAACAAAAUUCCUGUGGAAAUCGUGUGGAGAAGACAAGGGAGAAGAGACGGUCACUUACACGACCGCCAUCGCCAUGGCACUCACCCUUGACAUCGUUGUAUGUUGCCUACGUAAAACCAUUUUCUCUCCCUAUCUUGCCAUCUCCAUUCCAGUAGUUCUCCAUCUCCAUUCAAUCUCAAGCCGUUUAGUACUCAUUGUAUCCUAUUUCUGGGGAGUGGUUAUUUGUUUCAUUCGACUAUUAUGUUAUGCCGAUUGGCGAUAUGCCAACCAAGCUCCAUGGUUUCACGCUCCACCCAAGCUACAAUGGGAAGAUCAAGUAGUACUCAUCACGGGAGGUGGCUCAGGCAUCGGUGCUCUAUUGGCUCAAACACUUGCGAAUCGUAAUGUCGCUGUCGCCAUACUCACGAAAGACCUACCAAAGCAACCAUUCUCCCACAGCCAUAUUCAUGUAUUUGCGUGUGACGUCUCUGAUUAUAACGCAGUAAUGGGAGUGUCUGCUCGAGUGCGAGAAGCAGUUGGUGAUCCUACAAUAAUAAUAAAUAAUGCCGGUAUAGUCAGUGGCAAGCUACUCCUAGAUCUGACUGAAGAGGAUAUAACAAGCACAUUUGGAUCCAAUACUCUUGCGCACUUUUGGGUCCUCAAAGCGUUUCUCCCGGCCAUGCUGCGUCGAGGCAGAGGCCAUAUCGUGACCAUGUCUAGCAUAUUAGGCAUCGUUGGUGCUGCUCAAAUGACUGAUUAUUGCGCAAGUAAAGCUGCAGUGCUCAGCUUACACCAAACAUUGCGAUUUGAGUUAGAUAGCCGGUACCAGACACCUGGUAUCAGGACCACGCUUGUCUUACCAGCGUAUACACUUACAUCUCUAUUCAACCGUGUAAAGCUCCCUACAAAUCGGCUUUUCGACUUUCUUUGCCCUCCGGUUCAGCCUCGAGCUGUUGUCGAACACAUCAUAUCUGCUUUAGAUGAUAACGAGAGCCGAAUCAUUCGACUACCAUUCUAUUCCAAUUUUGCUAGACUCUGUGGAGAUGCCGUCGGGCUGGUACCAGCAGGGGUCAGAGAUUUUGUUCAAUGGCUUUCAGGUGCUGAUUAUGCCAUGAAAGGCUACGGUCCUACCCCUGAUGCGGGAGAGCGGUUGCUGGCGGAAAGGCAGUCUCAUACACCGCUCAACAGGAAAAGAACAGAGUAGCUUGCAGAAAGUGUGUGCUCUUCUAUGCAUGAUGU